CCGAGCUGCAAAAAUUAAUCGAUUGAAAUGUGCAGGUGUUGAUAUUCUAUGAAGAACACUACACAUUCAUUUUGGAAUUACUGCGCCUUGUUUGACAGUUCCCGUUGUGGGGUUUUGUUCGUGGACUAAAACAACAAUUAUCUUCUUGUGACAGAAUAUAUAUUUUCUUUAUUUUUUCAUUCAAUUGUCAUUUGACAACAUGAGGACGUUAGUAUUGCUUGUUCUGUUUCAAAUGACGACUAUUGCCUUGGUGAGUGCUGGCUGCCCUGUGAUGUGUGAGUGUCCGGCUGGCCCCCCCUCCUGUCCCCCGGGGGUCAGCUCUGUACCUGACGGUUGUGGCUGCUGUAAGGUGUGUGCUGCCCAGCUCAACCAGGACUGCCACGACUCACACCCCUGUGACCACCACAAGGGUCUGGAGUGUAACUAUGGCAAUGAUGUGGGCCACACUCAUGGCAUCUGCAGGGCGAAGCUUGAGGGUCGCUCCUGCGAAUACAACGGACGGAUCUACCAGAACGGGGAGAAUUUCCAGGCUGGCUGCAAGCACCAGUGUACGUGCAUUGACGGGGCGGUGGGCUGCGUGCRRCUGUGCCCCAGCCAUGUGCCCCUGGCAUCGCCCUCCUGCCCUGCGCCGCGCCUGGUCAAGGUGCCUGGGCAGUGCUGUCUCAGUAUCGACUGCCACAAGGGCUCAUCCGUUGUACCCCCAGUACAACGGCACGCACUGCCUCCAGCCUACCCGCCUUUCCCCUUCAUGCCCUACCCUGCCUACCCCUACAAACCAUACCCAAAGCCGUACCACUACAAACCCAAGGAUACCAUGGGAAACGAGCUGGUGGAGGUAGAGAAGAAGUGGGACAAGCUGCGCGGGCACAAGCACCUGGCGGCAUGGAGGCAGUUUGGAGGGCAGUGUGUGGUCCAGACCACGAGCUGGUCCCAAUGCUCACGCAGCUGUGGGAUGGCCGUGUCCUCUCGUGUCACCAAUGACAAUGCCCGGUGUAAGCUUGUGAAGGAGACGCGUCUGUGCAACAUCCGGCCCUGCAGCUCCAUGUCCAUCCCCGUCAAG